UUUGGUGUCCUAUGCGUUAGCAGGAUGUAUCUUUCAAGAGUUUGUGGUUAUGGAUUAUUUGUUGUUGCAUGGCUGUGUUGUUCUUCACUGCUUAUCGAUGCUCAGAAUCUGCUAACCAACCCGGAAGAAGUGAAGGCAUUGCAGGCCAUCAAGAGCAGUUUGAUGGAUCCCUAUAAUAAUAUUAGUAAUUGGGAUCAAGGAGACCCAUGUACAUCAAAUUGGACAGGAGUUGUGUGCUCCAAUAAAACAUUAGGCGAUGGAUACCUACAUGUUCAAAAAUUGCACCUACUACAAAUGAAUUUGUCAGGAAGUUUGUCACCAGCGCUUGGCCAGUUAUCAAAUUUGACAAUAUUGGAUUUUAUGUGGAACAACAUAAGUGGAAUUAUACCAAUGGAGAUAGGCAAUAUAACAUCUUUGGAACUCUUGCUUCUGAAUGGAAACCAAUUAACAGGUCCCUUACCUGAAGAGCUUGGUUACCUUCCAAAUUUGAAAAGACUACAAAUUGACCAAAACCAAAUAUCAGGAUCAAUACCUAAAUCAUUUGCAAACUUGAACGCAACACAGCACUUUCAUAUGAACAACAAUUCAAUUAGUGGGCAAAUCCCAAGUGAGCUAUCUAGAUUACCAAAUCUUCUUCACUUCCUUCUUGAUAAUAACAACUUAUCAGGGAAUCUUCCACCAGAGUUCUCCACAAUGCCAAAUUUACGAAUACUUCAACUUGAUAACAAUAACUUCAAUGGGGCUACAAUUCCAUCUUCUUAUAGCAACAUGUCUAAAUUGCUGAAGUUGAGCCUUAGGAACUGCAGUUUGCAGGGACCGGUUCCUAAUUUGAGCCAAAUACCAAACCUUUAUUAUCUAGACCUCAGUUUAAAUCAGCUAAAUGGAACCAUACCCUCAGAUAAGCUUUCGGGGAAUAUGACAACUAUCUUGUUAUCCAACAACAGUCUUACUGGAACAAUUCCCACCAGCUUUUCGGAUCUCCCUCGUCUUCAAAUAUUGUCAAUUGCAAACAAUUCAUUGAGUGGCUCUGUUCCAUCCAGCAUUUGGCAAAAUAGGACUUUGAACGGAAUGGAGAAACUUACAGUGCAGUUGCAGAAUAAUGGGCUAUCAAAUAUUUCAGGCACUAUUAAUCUAUCUCCAAAUGUCACUGUCUGGCUUCAAGGGAAUCCCUUAUGUUCGAACUCCAGCCUAUCCCAGUUCUGUCGUUUUGAAAGUGAUGAAAAUAACAAUCAAAGUUCAACAAAUACGACUUCUGUUUGUCCAGCUCAAGAAUGUCCACCCCCUUUUGAAUAUUUAAGUUCCCCUGCAUCUCCUGUGGCUUGUCUCUGUGCUGCCCCCUUAUUUGUUGGAUAUCGGUUGAAAAGUCCUGGAUUCUCAGAUUUUCGUCCAUACAUAAAUACAUUUGAGGAGUACCUGUCAUCUAGUCUUGACUUGUUUCUUUAUCAGCUGUACAUUGAUUCAUUUUUCUGGGAAGAAGGACCUCGACUAGGAAUGAACUUGAAGCUUUUUCCUGUAUAUGGAAAUAGCAGCACUACUAAGUUCAAUAUGAGUGAGGUUAAUCGAAUCUUCGGGCUGUUCACAUCAUGGAACAUUGAUGAUAGUGACAUUUUUGGACCCUAUGAACUUAUCAGCUUCCCUCUACUGGGCUUCUAUAGAGAAGAGAAUUCCAACUCAAGUUCUGGUUUAAGCAAAGGCGCAUUGGUUGGCAUAGUACUGGGGACCAUUGCAGGUGCAGUUGCAUUGUCUGCAGUUGUUACUCUACUGAUACUGAGAGCGCAUGUAAGGAAGUACCAUGCAGUUUUGGGAAAACGUCGUUUCUCUAAGGCCUCCAUAAAAAUUGAUGGUGUGAAGGAUUUUACUUUUGAAGAAAUGGUCGUGGGUACAAACAACUUUGACAGCUCCGCUCAGGUUGGUGAAGGAGGGUACGGAAAGGUUUAUAAAGGAAUUCUAGCCGAUGGUACAGUUGUGGCCAUAAAACGUGCACAACAGGGAUCUUUACAGGGUGAAACAGAGUUCUUGACAGAGAUAGAAUUGUUGUCAAGGUUACAUCAUCGAAACCUUGUGUCUUUGACUGGAUAUUGUGAUGAAGAAGGCGAGCAGGUCGGCAUUAUUGUGCCUGUUAGUCUCAUUCCUAGUUGUGGUAAAGGAGGAGGCUUGGCUAUGUUAUGGAGGGAUGAAGAUGUAGUAUGGGUUGAUAGUUUCUCAAAUUACCACAUUGACGGCAUUGUGCAUGGAGGCAAGGAGAAUGCAUGGCGCUUGACGGGAUUCUAUGGAGAACCUGAUACAUCUAGAAGAAAUGAAGGAUAG